AAAUCAAGAACCACAUGAAGGACUUGACAAGUACAUAACAGAUUUAAAGGUUCUUGCAGCAACAUGUAAUUUCAGUACAUUACAUGACUCUCUCAUCAGAGACAGACUGGUUUGUGGUAUUGGUGACACCAGACUCAGAGAAAGACUGUUGAGAGAAACGGAUUUAGAUUUAGACAAGUGUCUCCAGAUCUGCAGAGCUUCUGAACUGUCUAAAGAGAGAAUCCGAACUAUAGAAGCCCCUGUAGUUGUCCAUGCAGUGAGACAGUCACAUGAUAAAGCACAGAAGUCAUACAAAAAGACAUCUAGUGUUUCGCUACAGAGUUGCAAAUACUGUGGCAAGAAACAUGACCACGAUAAAAACAAAUGCCCUGCCUAUAGAAAGCAAUGCCAUAACUGCAAAAGGUUGAAUCACUUUGCCUCACAGUGCAUGCAGAGUAAGCGCAAACAGAAAGCAGUGUAUAAUAUAGCAGAAUACAGUGACAAUGAGUGUGAGGAAAUACAGUUAGUCACGUUAUCACCAGAAAACGAAUAUGUCAAUAGAGUGACUGAGAGCAGUUUUCCCAAGCAGAUACAUGCUACAAUGAACAUUAAUGAGAGACCAGUCAAGUUUCAACUUGAUUUGGGAGCAUCAUGCAACAUCAUUCCAUUAACCCUUUUCCGGUCAAGUCGGUGA